AUGUUUUUUGAAUUGUGUUCCGUAGAGAAUGGCGACUUUGUGGCCAUCAAACAGAUCAGCCUGCACGGCAUCCCGAGGGACGUGCUCAAGUCUAUCAUGUCGGAGAUAGACUUGCUGAAGAAGCUGCACCAUGUGAAUAUUGUGAAAUACCUGGGCUGGAACCAAACGAAGGAGCACCUGUUCAUCAUCCUCGAAUAUGUCGAAAACGGUUCGCUGGAGAACGUGUUGCGCAAGUUCGGCAAGUUCCCCGAGAGCCUGGUGGGCAUCUACAUCUCCCAGGUGCUCCAGGGACUCGUCUACCUCCACAACCAGGGUGUGAUCCACCGAGACAUCAAGGCGGCCAAUAUUCUCAUCACCAAGCAAGGGUUGGUCAAGGUGGCGGACUUUGGCGUCUCCACGAAGCUGAACGAGGCCAACGACCUGGCCAACUCAACCGUUAUGGGCAGUCCUUACUGGAUGGCGCCCGAGAUCAUCGAAUUGUCUGGUGUGUCGCCUCAGUCGGAUAUCUGGAGUGUGGGGUGCACCGUAAUCGAGCUUCUCACCGGCGCCCCGCCCUAUUUCGAUCUGGACCCCAUGCCGGCCCUCUUUCACAUCGUCGAAGAUGAAUGUCCGCCACUCCCCGAGGGCUGCUUCCAGAAGGACCCCAACCUGCGCGUGUCGGCGGCGAAGCUGCUCAACCACCGGUGGGUCAAGGCCUCGGCGCAGCGCAUGCAGCAGAAGGCGGCCGACUCUGCCGCGGCCGCCACCCCCAUCGUGCCCGCCCUCCCCUCCGCCUCGUCCGACACCGCCGCUGCCUCCCCGGCCCCUGCAAGCAGCACGGCGGCGGCCGUCGUGCCCACCAUCGAAAUCGAACCGCCGACGCCCCUGUCGCUCGAGGGCAAGUUCGCGCCGCCGCCGUCGAGCAGGCCGCACGGCAAGACCACCGGGUCGUCGGGCUCGGUCACGAGUCGUCUGCCCUCCGACACGAACGGCAAGAAGAAGAGCGGGGCGCGAUCACUGAGCGACGAUGACAUGGUGAUGGCCGAUGCCGAGCUGGAGCUCGAGCAACUGAGCAAGGAGAGGGGCGAGCGGAUCCGCUUCGAGGCCAAGAGCAGCGGCAAGCACCGAACGCGCGCCAAGGAGGACCGGGACAGCAAGGACAAGGACCGCAAGCGAGACGACAAGAAGAGCGCCGGAAAGGACGAUAAAAAGGGCAUGAUCAAGGCGGUGAAGGACGCGAGAAAAACGUCAAAGAAGGCCAGCAAGUCGGCCACCUCCCCCGCGGUGCGCCUCAUCCAGGAGGAAUCGCGCAAGCACUCCCGCAGCAACUCGUCGUCCGACUCUGGACCAGAUGACAACAAGCAGGUCAAGAAGGAGCGAUCAUCGAAGCACAGGAAGCGAGAUGAAGAGGAUGAGAAGGACAAGGACAGAGAGAGGGAAAAGAAGAAGAACAAGAAGGAGCGCAAGGAGGAGUCGGCGACCAAGCGGUCCAGGGAGAAGGAGAAGGGCGAGCGGAAGAAGGGGGGCGAGGCCGCGGCCUCGGACGGCAAGUCCGAGCGCAAGAAGUCGCGGGACCGAUCGGACCGGGAGAAGGAGAGGGAGCGCGAUCGGCUGGACGGCCACAAGAAGCACUCGAAGAAGGAAAAGAAGGAAAAGAAAGAGAAAAAGGAAAGGCGGAGCGAAGACGGCGAGAGGGUGUCGCGGACCAAGAGCUCGCGCGGGCUCAGCGGCAAGAGCAAGUCGUCGCGCAUCCUCAGCAAGGUGGCGCUCAAGAAAGACGACAAGGACCACAGUAAUCACAAGGAAAAACGGAAGAGCCAGAAGCGCAUGUCCUUCGAUCUCGGCGAUGAUGACCUCGUCGCCAAGCUACAAAACUUGGGUGGUGGGGCGCGUAAAUCGCUGAAAGAUUUUGCGGAGGACGACGAAGAGGACUGGGGCGACCUCGUGGCGCAGCUCAGCCCCGGGAAGGCGGGUAAGUCGACGACCAAGGGCGGACGCGCCGCGUCGCAGCUCGAGGAGGAAGAGGAGUGGGAGAAGGAGAGGAGCCUGGCCAGCCGCAGCAAGUCCACCAUCGUCCGGCCCACACACCACAAGCUCAAGCGCCGGAGCACCGGGGUCAAGACCGACCUCACCAAAAAGUUUGCCGACACUGUCGACAACAACAGUGACGACGACGACGACGACUGGGGCGAUCUCGCCGAGCAGCUCAACAAGAAGCCCUCGGGCGGCGGCGGCGCCACUACGGCCAAGGCCAACAACGAGGAGGAGGAGGACUGGGGCGAUCUCGCCAAGCAGCUCAGCCCGUCCAAGGCCAGCACGCCGGCCAAGGCCAAGGCCAAGGGAGGGGACAAGAGCAGCGCCGUCCGCAAGCUGGGCAAGUUCGCCGAGGGCGACGAUGACGACGACUGGGGCGAUCUCGCCGUCCAGCUCAGCCCCGGACGUCGGCGCACCUCGAGCGCCGACCCGCCUCGCACGAAGCCGGUAGAAGAGGACGAUGACGAUGAUUGGGGCGACAUGGCGGCGAGCAUGGAGACGCCGUCGCUGUCGACGUCUUCGUCGCGUUCGCAGCGACACGUGGAGGGCGACAACAACGACGGCGACGACUUUGGCGAUCUGGCGAGCGAGGGCGGCGAGCUGGACCUGGCGGCCAAGCUGGCCCUCACCCGCAAGGCCCGCCAGGAGGGCGAAUCCGUCCCGACCACCAUCAGCGACGCCGAGGAAGACGAGGACGACCCCUUCGGCGACGAGUUCGAUUGGAGCGAAAACGAGUCCGAUAUGGAGGUCGACCCGACCAAGGAGGAGCUGAGCAAGCUCACGGCCGAGAUCAUGCACAACAUGUCCCUCCUGCAGCACGACCAGCUCGAGUCCGUCAUCCUCGAGACCUGCGCCAAGCUGAUCGAGGCCUACAAGACCAUCAACGAGAAGUACAUGAGCCAGAAGGCGACGGUGAUCCGCCAGCACGGUGUGAUCCCCAUCCUCGAGAUCAUCGAGGCCGCCAGCGAUUCCACCGCCCUGCGGAUUCUUCAGCUCCUCAACCUGAUCAUCGAGGGCAAUGUGGAGAUCAAGCAGAACCUGUGCAUGAUGGGCGGUAUUCCGACGAUCAUCAAGUUCGCCGACGAGGAGUACAGCAACGGCGUGCGGGGCGAGGUGGGCCGAUUCGUGCGCGAGAUGUGCUGCGGCCAGAGCGAGGUGACCCUUCGCAUGUUCAUCGCCUGCCGCGGCCUGCCCGUGCUCGCCUCCUACGCCGCCGCUAACUACCACGCCCGCCCGCUCCUCGUCUCCACCGCCGUCGACGCCGUGCGCCAGGUCUUCUCGGCCCACCAGGGCGGCGGCUCGUUGCCGCGCAACGACUUCUGCCGGCUGUUUGCGCGCGCCGGGCUCCUGCCGUCGCUCACGUCGGCGCUGACGGCGCUGGCCAACUACAACGGCCUGAUGGACCUCCCCUAUGCCGCCAUCACCGCCAGCCCGUCGACCCUCGACGCCGGCGUCUCCUUUGACAUCGUCGAAGCCGGCGCCUGCGCUGACAAGGUGGCGGACGUGCUGCUCAUCUUUUCGGCGGCGGAUCGGGUGGUGAAGCUCCAAAUGGCGACCCACGUGGCGCCGCCGGUGAUCGGGCUCCUGGCGCUGGUCUCCCCGCCCGCGCUGUCGGCCGCCCAGCCCGCCACCGCCGCCGGGUCCGUCAUCUCGCCCGUCAAGUCCAGCGAGGACCUGGCCCACAUCCUCGACAAGACCGACAAGGACGAGGCCUGGACCAAGUCCUUCCGGGCCGUGCUCCUGGGCAAGCUCCUCAAGAUCAUCAAGUCGCUGGCCAUGGACUCGCGGACGCUGGCCGCCAUCGCGUCGGCCGGGGCCAUGCAGGCCUUCGUGUCCCUGCUCGACACGCACCACCUCAUGAACGACCACUUCUCCGUACGCGCGCCCUCUCUACCAUCGCCGCUCUGCCACUCACCCAAUUUCAAAAACAACUACGAAACGAAAACGAAACGAAACGUGAAAAUGCAGCAAAUCGUGGCGUCGCUGUUCUAUCUGUGCCGAUUGGACCCGGGCCGGCAGGAGAUGGCGGCCAAGGCCGGCGUGAUUCCCCACCUGCAGAGCAUCAUCAACAGCAACAGCCCGCUCAAGCAGUUCGUGCUCCCCAUCGUCUGCCAGAUGGCGCACUCGAGGGGCGCGCGAUCGUCGAUGCGGGAGGUGGGCGGCGUGGGCUUCCUCAUCCACCUCAUCAAGCAGGAGAACCGGUCGUCGUGGCCCCACUCGCUCAUGGAGUCCAUCGCCGCGUGGCUCGCGGAGGAGAUGGAGGUGAUCGAGGUCGAGCUCGUGGCCGGGGUCGACACGCUCGUCCAGGCCUUUGCCGAGGCGCAGCCGGUCGGGCUCAGCGGCAUGCUCGAGCCGCUGCUCAAGAUGCUCGCCCUGUCGUCGUCCUUCACCCGGGCGCUGGCCAAGAGCGACGUGUUCGUGACGGCCAUGCUCAACAAGCCGGCCCUCCACCACUCCAACGCGCUGGUGCGGGUCAACAUUCUCAAGAUUCUGUCGUCGCUGGUCAUGGUCGCGCCCCACUCGACCCUGCUCGACCCCGAGCCGCUGCUCCCGCACGUCUCCUACCUGGCCUCGCACGACCCGUCCAUCCUUGUACAGGAAAUCGCCUCCAAGCUGCUCACCCUCUCCUCCUCCACCUCCUCGGCCUCCUCCUCGGCCGUCUCCUCCCGCUCCACCUCUCCCCACCCUUCACCCACCAUCGGACGCUUCUCUUCCUCCUCUUCCUCUUCCUCUUCGUCUGCCUCUACAAAUCGUCACCACUGA